GAAACGUUGCAGUCUUGCAUAUGGUUAAUAGUCAUCGACUACCCCUAACUUCCUUCUCUCUCCCAAGUGCCUAUAAAUACAAUAUCAAAAAAGCCCAGAUAAUGUGUUGGGUAGAUAUAGCUUAGUCUUCCUUGUUUGCAGUUAUCCUUUUCACUUUCACACUCACAGUGCUCUAAGAGGUUUUAGGUUUUUUGGAUUUUUGGUUUUGGUGGGUUCAGGGUUUUGGAUUUUGGGUCUCGGCGGAUUCAGGUUCAGGGCUUUGAGUUCUUGGUUUUGGUGGGUUUAGGGUUUAGGGUUUAGGGUUCUGGGUUUUCUUCUUCAUCAGCCAGCAGCCAUACAUGGAGUCGUCAUCCAGCGGAGCUCUCAACAGGCAACUACUGGACAUGGUCCAUGACAUGCAGAAUGAAGGUUUUGUGGUUGCUCGGAAUCUGCGAACGUGUAUGACUGCAUGGAAGGGGUUAUUGGACCAGCAAUUUGGGCUAAUUCACUCUCUCAGGGAGACAACAAGUCCCUUCUUCAUUGCAGAAUUAAUUCCCAUCUUCUGCACAGACGUUCAAGCUGUGUUGAGGGACAUGACCAGAGCCCUGGAUCAGCCAGUUUUGGAUUAUCAUGACUUGGAAGAGUACUGCAUUAAACUUAAGGGAAGCACAUCAUGCAUCGGUGCUCAUCGCAUGGCACUUGCUUGUGUCGAUCUUCGACAAGCUAUUGACAAUAAGUCUAAAGAAGGGUGUCUUUUGGCAUUGAAUGGAUUGAGGCAUGAAUUCCACAACCUGAGAGGCAGAUUGGACAAAAUUGUUCAGCUAGAGAAAAAGAUCGUCUCUCAGGAGUCGGGACAACUUCCUUGUGAGUAGACAGAGCUUGAUCAUGAUGAAUAGAUCAAGACCUAAUUAAAAAUUUUGCAAAACUUGUCGUCGGUGUCAGUGUCGAUGCAUAGUUUAUUUCCUGUUCAAACAUUUGAACCUUAGAGUUCCACUAAGCAGUCUAAGCUCAACCAGUUAAGUCCUAACAAGCAAAACUGUAAGCUCAGGAAAAAUGGUGGAAAUCACCCUCCCUUCUAGUCUUGAUUGUAUUGGAAUUAGCACCAAUUGUUCAUCAACCUUGAUUUGUCCUUUUGGGUAUCCUUGUUCUAGUCUUGUGUUUUUGUUUUGAUGGUGUCUCAAAAUGUGAGUGUUCAUU